UCUUCUUCUUCUACUGUCUUCCUAGAAAAAAAAUUUUGCUCAAGAUUAAAAGAAAAGAAAAAUUUGUUAUGCUAAAACUUUAAAUUAAAGCCAGUGAAUUAAAAUUAACAACCAAAUCCACAAUGGGAUUCAAGAAAGACCUAAGAAUUCUUGUGAAACCCUAUUAUUGGGUCAAUAUCCUAUUAAGUUUCUCCUAUUUGAUCGGAAAACGAAUGCCAUUCGUUUGUAAUUAUCUCUUCAAGCACAAGGAGGAAACUUGUGAGCUCGAUGGUCGUGAGGUUGAAAUUCUAUUCUUUCUGGUAAUUGUCGUAAUGAUUCGCUCACGAAAGACAGGAAGUGUGACAAUGAUCAAUUACUUGACUUCGUCGUUUAUCUACACUAAAGUGGCUAAUUUGAUCUUGUGGGCGUACGGUGAUUUUCGCUACGGCAUCGUUUUUCUUCUCAUAUUUGUUAUUGUUGGCUUGGUGUGUCCGGAGCCGACUUACAAAGGACCCGAACACGUAACCUACUUCCGCAGUGCACAGACUUUCGAAGAGGAACUCAAUAAGGACAAACGCAUCGUAUGGAUUGUUUGCUUCUACACAGUUUGGAAUCCAUCGUGUGUUAAUUUUGCCCCAGUUUUUUCUGAACUAUCAGCCGAAUAUCAUUUGGACAAUUUACGCUUUGGUAAGAUCGAUGUCGGCCGGUUUCCAGAUGCUGCCGCCAAGUUCCACAUCUCUGACAGUAGCUUUUCACGACAACUGCCAUCGGUGAUUCUAUUUAAAAACGGAAAGGAAGUCGAUCGUCGUCCGACUGUCGAUUCAAAAGGAAAACUCCAGAAAUUCUUCUUUUCCAAAGAUAACAUUCGUGCUGCUCUGGGCAUGAAUGAUUUGUACAAGAACUGUGUUGAGAAUCCCAUUAAACAGUCGAAGGUUGUAGAAAAGAAAACGAAUUAAUUUAAAAAAACUAGUAUCCUUAUCCUCGUCGAAUAGAGUCAAAACAGUAGUUUGUGCGUAGCUUUAAGUUCCUUUCAUCAUCUAGUUUAAUUUAGUUUUUUCUUGACGCCUUGUAUUUUAGGUACAAAUCAUAAUUUCUAUGAUUUGCCAAUGUGUGUAUAUUUUCAAUGCUAUUCUCACAAGUUACAGCACAGAGUUUGUGUUAUUUUAACAGUGUGCAUUUAGUAAUAUAAUUUUAUUGCUUGGUCGAGA